GUCCACGCAACAAUCCCACCCUCACAUUCACUCACUGUUACAUACUACGCCAUACAACGAAAAGAAGAAAUGGUUGUAUCCUUUCUUUCCAAACUCUCUAUUCUAACAUUCACUGCUUCAGUUUUAGUAGUUUCAGCUCUGGCUCAUGAUUUCUCCAUUGUGGGUUAUUCGCCUGAGGAUUUGAGUUCCAGGGAUAAACUUAUUGAGCUCUUUGAAUCAUGGGUAUCCAAGCAUGCCAAAUUCUAUGAAUCCUUUGAAGAGAAGCUGUUGAGGUUCGAGGUUUUCAAGGAUAACUUGAAGCAUAUCGACAAGAGGAACAAGGAAAUCAGCAGUUACUGGCUUGGGUUGAACGAGUUUGCUGAUUUGACCCACGAAGAGUUCAAGAACAAGUAUUUAGGACUCAAACCAGAGGUUUUCAAAAAGAACCGAUCACCACCAGAAGAGUUCACUUUCAGAGACGACGUUGAUUUGCCCAAGUCUGUCGAUUGGAGACAGAAAGGAGCUGUUACGCCAGUCAAGAAUCAGCGUUCUUGCGGUAGCUGUUGGGCUUUCUCAGCAGUGGCGGCUGUGGAGGGCAUAAACAAGAUUGUAACGGGGAACUUAACUUCCUUGUCCGAACAAGAGCUGAUUGAUUGCGAUACAAGUUUCAACAAUGGUUGCAAUGGAGGUCUAAUGGAUUAUGCAUUCGAGUUCAUUGUCGCCAAUGGUGGACUUCACAAAGAGGAAGACUACCCGUACCUUAUGGAGCAAGGUACCUGUGAAGAAAAGAAGGAGGAAACGGAUGUGGUGACGAUUAGUGGUUACAAAGACGUGCCAGAAAAUGAUGAGAAAAGUCUAUUGAAAGCAUUGGCUCAUCAACCCCUAAGUGUAGCCAUUGAGGCUUCUGGCAGAGAUUUCCAAUUCUAUAGUGGGGGAGUAUUCAACGGGCCAUGUGGAACUGAUCUAGACCAUGGAGUAGCAGCAGUUGGGUAUGGAACAUGGAAAGGUUCAGAUUACAUCAUUGUAAAGAAUUCGUGGGGACCAAAAUGGGGAGAAAAAGGGUACAUAAGGAUGAAGAGGAACACUGGAAAACCUGAGGGUCUCUGUGGUAUCAAUAAAAUAGCUUCUUACCCUACCAAAAACAAGUGAAGAGCUCUAACCUCAACAUACGGGUUCAACCAAAAUGUGUUUUUUCAUUUUAUCUUUUUUCCAGACUCGCUUGUAUUGAUAAAAUUUGUUGGCCCUUCUUCGGUCAUGUUCCUUGGUUAAUAAAAUUAUAAAAAUGGCUCACACUUUCAAUUUCGCUUCAACAAA